UGUAUUGAACACAAUAGGAGUGCAUAUAUUGGACGCCAUUUUCCCUUUAAAACAAUAUUCACUUUCUUUUGACUCAACAAAAAGACAAUUCAUUUGAUUGAUAAUCAAUUCAAAGACACGAUACCAUCGGAUCCAGUCAUGACAGACUCACAGUACGGCUACUCCUCUGGCAAUAGUUCAGUGACCGGCACCGGUUACGGCGGCACUCAAUACGGCUCAUACGGCGGCGACUCGUACUCAUCGUAUUCGUCGGCCGGCUCUGCGGCGCCCGCUUAUGGCGGCAACACUUCGGCCCCCAAUCCAUACGGACAACAGUCCGGCGGCUAUCAAUCCAGUACUCCUAGUGAUCAGUACUCCUAUUCAACUCAACCUAACCUUUACUCCGACGGCCAAUCCGGAGGUCAAUCUGGUUAUGGUUACAGUACUGGUGGGUCGAGUGGCGCUCCCGCCGGUGGUGCCAACACCGGUAGUUCUGGUUAUGGCUCGUCGAGCAGCGGCUACGGCGGCGCCAAUUCGUACUUUACGUCCGGCGGCAGCGCUGGUGGACAGUCGGGCGGUGGACAGUCUGGUGGCGGUCAAUACGGACAGUAUUCAAGUCCCAGCAACCAGUACGGCGGCGGCGGUGGUGGCGGCCAAUCGAGCUCUCCGAUGGGCGGAGGCUUUAACCCGUUAUCAGGCGGUGGCGGCGGAAUGUCUGGCGGUCCGCCAUCGGGACCAUACGGCUCGAGCGGACCCGGAAACUCGCAUUACGGCGGAAGCGGUGGUGGCGGCGGCUCAAUGGGCGGCGGACACGGAGGCUCCGGAUUUCACGACAGUAUGGGUAACGGCAACUCAUUUCGUGGACCACCUAAUAGUGGAUUCAGGUUACCAAAAGACAACGGAAGUUCACAGUCAGGAGGUCAUGGAGGCGGCCGUAGUUCCGGCCCCGGUUUUAUGAAAGGCGGACGCGGAGGUUUUGGAGGUCCGGGUGAUCAUUAUGGACAACAAGACAUGAAUCAGGACACAGUCUUUAUCUCAGGACUUCCCGAUGACAUUAGUGAAGACCAAUUGGCCUCUCAUUACGGCUCUAUUGGAAUGAUUAAGAUUGACAAAAAGACGGGUAAACCCAAGAUUUGGAUCUAUAGAGACAAAGCUUCGGGUAAAGGCAAGGGUGAGGCCACUCUCACUUAUGAAGACCCAGAGGCCGCCAAAUCGGCUAUUAAUUGGUUCAACGCCAAAGAGUUUCCAACUGGUAGUGGAAAGUAUGUGAAAGUGGAGUUCGCGCAGCGAAAGUCUAGUGGCGGCGAUCGUGGCUUUGGAGGCGGCGGUGGAUUCCGCGGAGGCCGAGGCGGUGAUCGCGGCGGCGGUGGAAGCCGUGGCGGCGGACCCGGUGGUCCCCGCGGCGGCUCAUCCGAUAAUGGCGGUCGUCAGGGAGACUGGAGAUGCCCGGAUCCGAACUGCAAUAACAACAACUUUUCGUGGCGUAAUGAAUGCAAUCGAUGCAAAGCUCCCCGACCUUCGGACGGCGGACCGCCCGGUCUUAUGACACCGCAGGUCGUGGAGAGCGGCGGACAGAGACGCGGAGGAAUGGGAGACCGCGGCGGCCCCCGUGGCGGUGGCGGACGCGGCGGCGGAAUGGGAGACCGCGGUGGCCGAGGGGGAGGCGGCGGUGGUUUCCGAGGCGAUAGAGGAGGCGGACGAGGAGGCGAUCGCGGCGGCGGACGAGGCGGUGGUCGCGGAGGGCCUCCUAGAGGUGGAAUGGGUGGCAGAGGCGGACCGAUGGGCGGCGGACCCAUGAGAAGUGGUGGUGGAGGCGGAGGACCGCCGUAA